CGCGGCGACGGGAACCUCUCCCGCCCCUUCCGGCCUCGCAUGGCGCCGUCUCUUCCGCUGCGGGGAGUAAUAUGGGGACAAUACACCUGUUCCGCAAAUCACAGAGAUCAUUGGUUGGAAAGUUAACACAUGAAUUUAGGUUGGUUGCAGCAGACAGAAGGUCCUGGAAGAUUUUACUGUUUGGUGCUAUAAAUUUAAUAUGUAUUGGCUUCCUGCUCAUGUGGUGCAGCUCUACAAACAGCAUAGCUUUAACUGCUUACACAUAUUUGACAAUCUUUGACCUUUUCAGUUUGGUAACAUGUCUAAUAAGCUACUGGGUAAUGAUGAAGAAACCCAGCCCAGUGUAUUCAUUUGGGUUUGAAAGGUUUGAAGUUCUAGCUGUAUUUGCAUCUACAGUUCUGGCACAGCUUGGUGCUCUUUUUAUACUGAAAGAAAGUGCGGAGCGGUUUCUGGAACAGCCUGAGAUACACACGGGACGACUGCUGGUUGGUACUUUCGUGGCUCUCUUUUUCAACUUAUUUACAAUGCUUUCCAUUAAGAAUAAGCCUUUUGCUUAUGUCUCUGAAGCUGCCAGUACAAGUUGGCUUCAGGAACAUGUUGCAGAUCUUAGUAGAAGUAUUUGUGGAAUCAUCCCAGGAUUGAGUAGCAUCUUUCUGCCACGGAUGAACCCUUUUGUCUUGAUUGAUAUUGCUGGAGCUCUGGCUCUUUGCAUUACAUACAUGCUCAUUGAAAUCAACAAUUACUUUGCUGUGGACACAGCCUCUGCUAUAGCAAUUGCUUUGAUGACAUUUGGUACCAUGUAUCCCAUGAGUGUCUACAGUGGGAAAGUACUACUCCAGACAACCCCACCUCAUGUGAUUGGCCAGUUAGAUAAACUUCUUAGAGAGGUUUCAACUUUGGAUGGUGUGUUGGAAGUUCGAAAUGAACAUUUCUGGACAUUAGGUUUUGGCACUUUGGCUGGAUCAGUCCAUGUCCGAAUUCGGAGAGAUGCAAAUGAGCAAAUGGUACUUGCCCAUGUCACUAACAGAUUAUACACAUUGGUCUCUACCUUGACUGUUCAGAUUUUCAAAGAUGACUGGAUCAGACCUACCUUAUCAUCUGUGCCUAUUGCAAACAAUAUUCUGAACCUUUCGGAUCAUCACGUUAUUCCAAUGCCAUCUUUGAAAGCUGCUGACAAUUUGAACCCUGUUACCUCCACUCCAGCUAAGCCCAGCAGCCCACCACCAGAAUUUUCUUUCAACACACCAGGCAAAAAUGUGAAUCCAGUCAUCCUUCUAAACACUCAGACAAAGCCCUAUGGAUUGGGCUUUAAUCAUGGAUCUGCACCCUACAGCAGUGCACUCAAUCAAGGACUUGGAAUACCAGGAAUUGGAGCAGCUCAAGGAUUCAGAACUGGUUUUGCAAAUGUCCCAGGCAGAUAUGGAACAAACGCUCGUGGUCAGCCCCGACCAUAAUAAACACCAUUAUUUAUUAUACUUAAGGGUAUUGACUUAAUUCUUUUAUUACCCAAUUUUUAUGAACAUUUGGAAUGUCACAUCAUUCUGAAUGGCUGGGAACAAGUGCAUUGUUCAUAUUCAUGAAGUGGUUAAAUAGCAGUUUCUUCCUUUGCAUCAGCAGUAGCCUGUGUAAUGCCACAGAUAUUUUGCAGAUUUACAAUACUUUACAAGUAGUUUUUAUAGGGUGUCUAUUUCUACUCAUCUUUUUUAUCCACUUUUCUUCAUUUAUCCAAGAAUGUAUUGAGAUGCAGCACAACUCCGUAAGAGAAUAAAAUUGUCACCAGGUAGUUUGUUUUUUUUUAUUCUAAUGAGAAUUACUGGAUGCUGAAUAGCUCAGAGAAUAGGAAAUGGCAGAAAUACAAGUCCAAAUUUUCAGACGUGUUUGAUUGUUGUACUAAGCCAUGCUUGGGCCAAAUCACAAUUAGUUUUUGAUUGCAAAAAUCCAUCAAUAUUCAUGUUGUGGCCAUUGUGAAGACAAUCUGGCAUUUCAGGUUGUAAUUGAUCUUGCAAGAGCGUGUUUUUACAUUUUUAUUGAUGCUUUUAUAGAAAUUCAGAUGGUUCAGCAACCAUUUUCUAGUUGUAAGUAUUCCAUACUCAUCUCUGAUAUUUCUUACUUUUUGGUUUAACUGCAAAAUUAUUUAGCAAUAUACUGGGAAAUAAAAUACUUAAAACU